AUCGCUUUCCUUUGGGACACAAAGAGCGAUGGAAACAAACAAAUGAUAAGGAAAAUAAAAACAACAGUCCACCGGCUCCGUGGUGGGUACAGGGUGGUCUGUAUGCAUAGAAACACUAUGUAAAUGGAGGCUGGGAACGGCACUGGCAUUCAACAUGCUCUGGCCUGAGAGAGGACAAAUACUUGGAGAACAUUUUUAUGCUAAUCAAUUUUAGGAAAAAGAUCGGAUUUAACGAUAUGUUAGAAUAAACAGUGUAUUUACAAAAGAAGUAUUUUCUUCAUGUUUUGGAAUAAAAACGUGCUGGUCUGAGUCUUUGUAAAGCAUGGAAAAAGGAGUACAGAAAUGACUGACACAUUUGUAUGAGAAGAGAAGGACAACUCCAAAAGACGUACGACCUAAAGGACAACAUCUUUCUAAAGUCUUUACUUUGUUAAAAUCUUUAAGGAGUUUAUAAAAAUCACCCAUCAACGGGAGAGACAGGCAACUUUGGAAAUAUCUUCCUUUUGUGAUUCUCAUUAAUGAUGGCAACACCCGAGGACCUUUCGGCCGAUUCAAAGCCGACUCAAAUUGUGAAAUAUGAUCCAAAGUCUGAGACUGUGACGUUACCGGAUGGGCUGGUUUCUGUGACAGGUCUCACGGUGGUGACGGGGGGAGCGGAGCUGUCCUGUGGCUCCUGUAUGUUGGCCUUUGCGUUUUGGGGCACUCUGGUUGGUUUGAGUGUGGUGUCGGUGGGUUUGUGGGAUCAUUUGGAGUACAGCAAUGGUCUGUCACACCUUCUGGCUCUUGGAUUGGUACUGCUGCUUAGCAGUUUGAGUCUGGUAGCUGUGAUCUUCGCCCUCCGGUUCUUCAUGAAAAAGAGGAGAAUGAUGGCCAGAAGAGAGAGGGCAGAAGCCAAUCUAGUGCUGGUUAAUGAGCACGCAGAAGUUGUUUUAAAAAGAGUCACGGUGUAAAAGAGCAAGUGAGAAAAAAACUAAUACGUCAGACUCCCUGCUCCAUUUCUGUUUUUCUUUAUCGCUCUUUGUUUAAUCCUGGAAUCAUGGAAGACGCAAGAGACACAUUUGCUUCAACAUUCAUGUCUUUAUUAAAAGAGUUUAUCUACUA